CUGUAUACGCACAACAAACUUCAUACCGGUGAGAAACCGCACUCUUGUUCGGAAUGUGGGAUGAAUUUCACGCUGUCAUGGAAUCUAAAUGCACAUAAGAAAAUUCAUACCGGUAAGAAGCCGUAUUCUUGUUCGGAAUGUGGGAAGAAUUUUGCCCAGCCAGCGGGUCUGUAUAUGCAUAAAAAAGUUCAUACCAGUGAGAAGCACUCUUGUCUGAAAACAAAAGCUUUUCCCAAUCAGGGAAUAUGA